GGCGGUCACUGUGUGUUCGCCGGACGACCCAAUCAUCUCAAAGACCAUCUCAACAAUUGUGGCAUUACUUGUGCUGAAGAUAUCCUCCCAAUUGAGCUCUUGUUGAAGAUAUCGUCAAACUUUCCUAACAAUGGAUUUAAAUCUGCUAUUCGUAAGAAUUCAUUGCAAUUAGAGUUGAGAUACAAUUGGAUGGCGAGUAUGGGUUUGAGUCUAUUUUGCCUCUUCAUAGCCUUUAUGUUGAGUUAUUUGUACGGCUGGGAUGUGGGCAAAGAGGACGGGUGUCUGGACCUACACCUGACCAACAGUUCGCUAUCUAUUACCACAUCACUGAAGGAAGCGCUUAAAAUUGUGAGCGAAGAGUCGGAUGUGGUUGAAAACGUCAAAUUACUGUUUUUCAUGAACGGCUGUCUGGGCUUUGUGUCGAUGGCCUGCACUCUACUGGUCUUCCCGACCGAAGUGCGGGUAUUUCUCAACGAACACCGCAACCGAUGGUAUUCAACGAGUUCUUACUAUUGGAGCAAAUGCUUUGUCGAAAUACCCGUCACUAUUGUCAUAGCGUUUACGUUCGCAACCAUCAUGUUUUACUCCACCGGCCAGUUGUCCGACAGUUUCCGGUACUCGUACUUCGCGUUAAACGUGAUAUUUGUGGCGUUUAUCGCCAACUCUGUGGGCAAUUUGAUUGGUAUACUGUUUGCCGAUAACUAUCAAUUGGCCACAACUAUGGGCGUCGCCCUCUUUAUGUCCAUCUUCUUGUUGGGCGGUUUCGCUGUCCGCCUGUCCUCUCAGGAUUUUUGGUCACAACCUAUGGCUUUGGCAGAUGCAAUGAAACCCAAAUAA